CCAACCCGAACGCGUCUCGACACGUCGAUUGGAAGACAGUCCUGUUGCAUCACCAGAAUGCCACCGCUGCUCGACGUCCGAUGACAACUCGCCCAAUAUGUCUACGAAUGGAAACAACAGCAUCGCCCGCUAUGCGGCGGCCAUAUCGUCGACGCUGUUCCGCUUCUUCUCGUACAUGUUCUUGAGAUGGAUCCCCGGCUCUCACUUUCCCCCGCUGCUCGUCACGCUCUUCGCCGUCUACGUGCCAGCCUUUGUCUACGCUCUCACCCACACAUCACCCUACGAUGUGAUUUCCGAUGAGAUCGAAAUCGUCACCAAGCCCAUCGUCGAUGGUGACACGGACGCCAGCGACAUUGAUCCUCGCUAUGUCAACGGCGAACCCGUCGAUCUCGGUGCCGAGUUGGACGUCGAGGAGACGAUUGUGCUCCAGGAGAAAGAUCCCCAGAUUCUCAAAACGCUGUUGACAGGACUUCCCAGCCCCACGAGUGCCCUCUGGAGUGGCAUCACUUUGGCAAUCAAUGUGCUGUUGAUGGGCAUGGCCUGGGACGUCAUCUAUCGCGCUCCUUUGUUCUACCCCUCCCACGAUCUCUCCCUUGUGCGCGUUGGCUACGUUUCGCAUUCAACCGCCAAGGUCCUUGUGCGGGAACCGGAUCUGACGAGACUUCCCAUCUCCCUGUCUUACCGAUACGCCGACUCGCCCGUGGGUCACGACUCCUCAUGGAAAUCGGGCGGCAGCAUUGAUUGGCUGGACAUCACUACAGACUACACCGGCGUGCUGGAGUUGCGUGGUUUGCAUUCCGACACUCGCUAUCAAUAUUCCGCGAACAACCGCUCGGGAUUCUUCACCACCGCCCCUCGAGUCGGCCAAAUAUCGACUCGCGCUGAGAACGCGGAUGCAUUCACCUUUCUGCAUUCGUCUUGUUUGAAGAAUCGACUCCCAUACAACCCCUUCUCCCAUCCGCUCUCCAACCAAGGCCUCCGCUAUCUCGCCCAAACCAUGGAAACAUUCAAAGCGCAAUUUAUGGUCUUCCUCGGCGAUUUCAUCUACAUUGACGUCCCUUGGCGCCAGGGCGUUUCCACCGAAGAUUAUAGACGAGAAUACCGCCAGCUAUACUCGAGUCCCGACUGGCCCGCCGCGGCCCAAAUCCCAUGGAUCCACGUCUACGACGAUCAUGAAGUAGCUAACGACUGGUCGGGCAACACCACGGGCAUCUUUGCCGCUGCCAACGACCCGUACGAACACUACCACAUCUCCGCCAACCCGCCCCCGCACCGCGCCGGCGAGACCUACUUCUCCUUCACCCAGGGCCCAGCGACCUUCUUCAUGCUCGACACCCGCCGCUACCGCUCCCCCAACGACGCCACCAACGGCUCCGACCCCAUCACCGGCGAGCCCACGAAAACCAUGCUCGGCACCACCCAACUCUCCGACCUGCUAACCUGGCUCGCCCGCCCCGAGCCCGCCGGCGUGCGCUGGAAAGUCCUUAUUUCCAGCGUCCCCUUCACGAAGAACUGGUGGUUCGGCGCGCACGAUACCUGGCGCGGCUUCCUCGGCGAAAGACAGGCGAUUCUCGAAGCAAUGUGGGACGUGGGCCUUCGGGGCGGCAUUGGAGUCGUCAUUUUGUCCGGCGACAGGCAUGAGUUUGCCGCGACUGCUUUCCCGCCUCCACCUGACGGCAAGGAGGAAAUCGUCGGGCUCGGUCUUACGGGCGUCGGCGCCAACCUCCUGGGCGUCAACCGCGAGGCGCUCGCACCAAAUUCCGCACCACCUCUACGCACACGCACCAAGCGCUGGCCUCUAAGCGCCACCGUGCACGAAUUCAGCACAAGCCCCCUCAACAUGUUCUACCUCCCCUACCGCACCUACGCCGAAUCCUCCACCUCGCCCGACUACGUCUCCGACGUGUGCAUCAAGUACAUCCCCGACGGCAACAGCAAGUAUGGGGCGGUGAGUAUUGCGUCGCCGCCGACGAGCGAUCAGUCGGUGCUGCAUUAUCGGCUUUUUGUCGAUGGGCGGGAGGCGUGGAGUUAUACGCUUACCACGCCGCCGGAUGUGGGUGGGGGUGGGAGGGCGAAGGAUGCGAUUUGGGGGUGAUGUGGGAGGUUGUUUUCGAAGACGGCACUCCGAGUGAGAGGAGUUUGCGAAGCGAUGUAAUUGCAAGGAGCACCAAGGCUCUGUCCGCCCAUAGAAACCGCCUAACAAGCAGCCAUGAAACCCACACGCCUCACCCCAACAACCUUGACCGCUCUGUAAUCUGCUCCUGCUCACUCCUCCCGCUCGCCGCAGCAUCAAACCGCCUCCCAAACAC